GGGCCCCGCCCCAUCUCUGUCCAUCCCGGGGCUCCGGACCUGGCGGCCGGCGUUGGCGGGCUCGUCCGAGGAAGGCGUAGCGGAGCGGUGAUCUUCGUCCCGAAGCUUUGCGCCUCCGGAAGAAGGCAGCGAUCCAAAUAUGCAAUUCCCUGGCAUUUAAGCCGUUACCGAGAAGCCCUGCCUCAGUCCCACAAAAACUACGGUUGACAGUCACCACUUACAGGAGACAGCAUAAGGAAUUCAUUUUAUUACCACUGGCAUUUAAGUAUUCGUGAAACUUAAAAAGUGUAACUGCAGUUCUGAUUCAUGGAUCACCAAAGAAAGUAGAGAAGAUAGGUAGGAGCUGGAAAUACAAUGGUGAACAAAACAGUUGGUUCCUGCCCUCACAGAACUUAAAGUUUAGUGCAGAAGAUAAAACCAAACAAGUAACAGUUAAGAGUGAGGACCUGUUUGAGAUGUGGUGGUUUCAGCAAGGCCUCAGUUUCCUUCCUUCAGCCCUUGUAAUUUGGACCGCCGCUGCGUUCAUAUUUUCAUACAUUACUGCCAUAACCCUCCACCAUGUUGACCCUGCUUUGCCUUAUAUCAGUGACACUGGUACAGUAGCUCCAGAAAAAUGCUUGUUUGGGGCAAUGUUAAAUUUCGCCGCAGUUUUAUGCGUUGCUACCAUUUAUGUUCGUUAUAAGCAAGUUCAUGCUCUGAAUCCUGAAGGCAAUUGUAUCAUCAGAUUAAACAAGGCUGGCCUUGUACUUGGAUUGCUGAGUUGUUUAGGACUUUCUCUUGUGGCCAACUUCCAGAAAACCACCUUUUUUAUUGUACAUGUGUGUGGCGCUGUGCUCACCUUUGGAAUGGGCUCAUUGUACAUGUUUGUUCAGACCAUCCUCUCCUACCAAAUGCAGCCCAAAAUUCAUGGCAAACAAGUCUUCUGGAUUAGACUGCUGGCAGUCGUCUGGUGUGGAGUAAGUGCAUUUAGCAUGCUGACUUGCUCAUCACUUUUGUACAGUGGCAGUUUCGGCCCUGAUAUAGUACAGAAACUCCACUGGAAGCCCGAGGACAAAGGCUAUGUGCUUCACAUGAUCACUACUGCAGCAGAAUGGUCUAUGUCAUUUUCCUUCUUUGGUUUUUUCCUGACUUAUAUCCGUGAUUUUCAGAAAAUUUCUUUACGGGUGGAAGCCAAUUUACAUGGAUUAACCCUCUAUGACACUGCUCCUUGCCCUGUUAACAAUGAACGGACACGGCUACUUUCCAGAGACUUGUAAUGAAAGGAUAAAAUAUUUCUGUGAUGAUUAUGAUUCUCAGGGAUUGGGAAAAUACUCAUAAAAGUUACUUAUUCUGCCCUGAAAUUUUCUACCAGUUAAUCAAGGCUGACAGUGACAUUGAUGGAAACUGAUAAUCAAGAGACAUGAAUUAAGCCAUUUGAUACGUUAUUUUAAAGGGUAUCUUCAAGAAGAUCAUAUAGAAACAUUUAUGCCGAUACUUUUUUUCAUCCCAGAAAAUAAAACCAAAGGACUACAACACUGUAGAUUUUUUUCUGCUUUAUUUAAGAGAAACACCAGAAGUGCACUAAGCAGUCUGCAAAACCCAACCUUUUUCAUUUUAGAAAUCAUUGUAAAGCAUGUUUUCCUUGGAGCACCUUUAUCAGAGACAUUUUUCAGGACAUCAAAUGAUCAUCGUUGCUCAGCAGCUCCUUUAGAAUUGGGUUUUGAAGUAAUAGUUUUACCAUAUUAAUACAUUACUUACAGUCUUUAUAAAAUUUUUUUCUUCUGGAAUCUACCUUUCAAGGGCAGCAGACCUGGACUCAUGUGAGCACUGUCAUUGCUUAAGCUUCGCACAAGAGAUUCUGGAGGUAUUAAUUUGAUUCCUGCCAUCAGGUCAGAUAUUAUGCUAACUGGUCUAUCACAUGCUUGCAAUAAUUUCAUGAAGCUUGGUCUCUGGUAUGAGAUUUUAAUCACAAAUGAGCAAAGUAGCUAUAGUUAAAUAUACUCCAAUCGUUUUUUACAUAAAACAAAGGUUAAUGUGCAUACACAAGGCUGAGAAGUUUGUGAAUAACAGCAGGUACAAUUAAUAUAAAAGUCACUCCAACCUGCAGUCAAGAGUUUUUAGAUUUUUCUUUAUAACAAAUUAUAUUUAUUUGUAAAAGGAGUCUUGAACAGGCAAAUUUUGAGCCUUUUUAAUGGGUUAUUCUUUAUAGAACCCAAAUUCUAAAGGACAAAAAUCAACAAUCCAAAAAACCUAGUUACAAAAUAACUGUGGUAUGUACAUCCACCAAAACAAUUUUCUAUCUAUCUCUUUGAUCCUACAAGUGAUUGGAUAGCUUCUACUUGGAUCCCUAUCUGUGCAGCUAAAGAGUGGUUUACAGAUCCCAGAUGAAAUCCAAAGAAGAAAAUGCUCAUCUAGACGAUGCCCAGUGACAAACUGGUUUGCAAAAGAAUCCUUGAAGAAGAUUAACAAGGUUUAUCUUUUUUGAAGAAAUGGUUCAAUAUCCAGAAUAAAACAUUGUGAGAACAAGUAUGAAGGGGGAGCAAUUUAAGGGCAAAUGGUUAUAUGGUGGAACCAGAGAGGUAGAUUAUGAAUACGUUGCUAGAAUGGGACUUUAAUUUCUGAAGACUUCUGGACUAAGAAGACAGAAAAUGGAAUGAAAUACUGUUUACCUGUAUCAAGCAGCAGUGAACAUGGGAGACAUUUCAAUAAACAUUGAUUUAUUGAAACCUGGCAUCACUACAAAAAAUGUACUCUUAUACAAACUAUAACAAAGUUUUUAUUAUGCCUCUGAAAAUCAUGGUGCAACCACUCCUGGGAAACAGCAUCCAGUCCUGAUUGCUAUAUUAUCAAGGAAAUUGUAAUACAAGGUAUGAAGGACCAUAGUAUGGUGAGGGGAAAAUUGAGAGAAUCAGAGUUCAUAAAAUUACAAAUUGUGUCAGGGGGGAAGAUGACAGAAGAAGAUGGACUUUUAUAUCCAUACUAGAGUAUUAGGCUUAGAGAUGUGCACUAACACAUUAAAGAAAUUAUUUUAAGACAAAAAUAGUAUCUUAAUUCCAUUGUUUAACUUUUACCCUUAGAAAUAACAUAGGCUGAAAAUAUUAGUAAGUUCAAAAAAGAAUUAUAAAUAGAAAUUUUGAAUAUGUGUUAAACCCUCACCUUAAGGGUGAAGUAAUAGCAGACAACCAUACCCUCAAAAUAUGCUUUGUCUUCACUAUCAGAUUGGAUGAACACAUAAUGGCAUUUCUCUUUAAUUCAAUUAACAUUUUUGUGUUGGAUGUUUAGCUUUAAGAAGAGGUUUUAAGCUGAUAAAAUUAGCAGAUACUGUGACCUGUUAGUGAAAAUUUAUUUCUUUUAUGUCCUGGGAACACAGCAAGACUAUAUUUCCCAGCCUCUCUUUCGAUUAAGUGUACGCAUGAGAUUGAAUUUUAGCCAGUAAAAUACAAAUGUAAUGCGUGUGUUUAUUUUCAUAUUAAGGUUUUGAAAAACAGGAAUGCUCUUUCUUAAUUUUUCCUCCUUACAUAUUGGAUAUUGAUUGGAUAAAAACAAGAUUUUAAAACAUGGCAGAAUCUCAUGGUAGAAGGAGCCUCCACUAGCCACUUUUAACCAGAUUUUCGAAAAUUAAACGAGAUCUAAUAUAAUUUAGGAGCUGUGUUUUUGUCCAUCCCAGUUACUAAGAUUAUAUUUUAUAUUUCUAGGAUAGUAUCAUAAUUUGUAAAUGCUCGAAGGAUUUAUUAAAGACAAAGAUAACUUUUA